UCCUGGAGUUACCUAAUCCUUUUUCCAAUUGGAGUCCAACUGAUCUCCGACUAUAUAUCUCAUCGUGCUCUUUCUGCACCGUAAAGAAUCAAUAAAUUUCUAUGACCUCGUCUUGUUCAACAAUCAGACCUCCUAAAAAAACCCAAAUCAUUGUUACCAUAAACCUGCAACGAUUCAAAUGUCGCAUAGAACUCUCGAUUCUCGGCACUCUAUUGAGUCUUGCACAUUCAAGCUACACAGCUGGAGACCCUUUCAGCUCCAUACCUCACCCAAAACCCUAGAUUCCGAUUCCUAUAAUUCUCCCAAACUCUACUCUUCCGCCAGUAAUGGGGUACACAGCAAGAGACGUUGCUUAUCCAAUCGGGCGACGUCGUUUCCGAUUGACGCCAUUGAUAUGUCUAGGCUGAGCUUACGCGACGAUGACAGGUCUAUGUCGGCGGCGCAUAAGCGAGGGAGUUUUUCGUGGAUCGCCCGAAAACGUCGGCGCCGUGGGUCCCGAUCGGUUUCCGGACGGAGUAGUGAUCGGAGUGGGACCCGGCGGCGGUGUUGCUCGGUGGGGGCCUCGGCGGCUUAUGCCACAUGUUCGGAUUUUCCGGUGGCAGCUGGGACGGAUUCGAGUGGGGAGUUGUUUCCAAAUGGGGACGCCAAUUGGGCGUCGGAUGUGAGUGAGAGAACAUCCAGAAGGGAGAAAGAUGUUGGCAGUGGCGAGAGAGAUACUUUGAUUCCUGGGUUAGGGCCGAUUGGGAAUUUCGAUAAUCAGGGGAAUGAAUCGGGGUACGGGAGUGAGCCGGGAUAUCGAGGCGAUGCGGAAUUCGGUUACGGUGAUGAGGUCGACGAAGAAGAGGACGAUCAGCGGUUGUUGUUUUGGGGUGCGAAAUUCGGAGUUUCUAAUAUGGAUAUGGUUGGCGAGAACACGCUGCAAAAAGCCCAUCAUAGAUGCCGACGCAAGAAACAGGAUCUGAGAAUGGUUGAUCCAUUGAGAUAGCUGAUCGCAUUGGCAAUACCAUUAUGUUGAAUUAUUCUCAUGUGUAUCCUCCAGCCUUUACCUGGUUCCUGGGAUUGCCUCCGUGAUAUGUUUUGGAAGUGCAUCUAUAUCUUGAGGUUUUGGUUUAAGCAGACAAUUUCGGGCUUAUAAUUCCAAUGUGUUUGGUUGAUGAUGAAGGAAGACAUUGGAUACAAUACCUGUUUGAUGUCUGUCAGGUGUCGAUAACAUAUACUUCCGAAGGGACUCAUGUUUCUAUCCAUUUAAGCAGUCAAAUGUUACCCAGUUUUCUUCUUUUAAUGACUUUUGUGUUUGAAGAACAAUACUAUCUCAUGCCUUGAAUUGCAAUUUAUUUAGAAGAAAACUCUGCAGGAACUUGUUAAUAGCAUCAUGACAGGUUUCUAUAUCUCUAUCUCUCAUCCCUUCCGAAAAGUGAAAACUAUCCA